AUGAAGACGAUCGCAGUAUUCGCCGCCCUCGUGGCCGUAGCAAUGGCAGCCCCUCAGUUCGCCCAGCAACAACAACGCGUGCAGCCCGAUGUGUACCUCCUGAAGGAAACCCCCUCGAACAACAUCGGAAUUGAUGGAUACACUUUCGGCUUCGAACAGUCCGACGGACAAAAGAGGGAAGAAUCGGCUCAGGUUGAAUUGCGUGGCCCAAAACCCGAGGAUGCCAUCCUCCGUGUCCGCGGAUCUUACAGUUACGUUGGCACUGACGGCAACACCUACACCGUUACCUACAUUGCCGACGAAAAUGGCUUCCAGCCCCAGGGCGCCCACUUGCCUGCUUAAGACUUUAUUUUUAAAUAGUUUACGGUUAAUUUAAUAAAUAUU